GGAGUGCGGGGUGGGCUCAUUUUUCCGGGGCUACCACUAUGUAUAUACCACAGCCAUCGGGGUUUCUAGCCAUGACCGGUUUGAGCUAAGCUACGCGGUCCUUCCUCGCUUUAAAAACUGCCCGACCUGUCGAAUUUAAGUCCGUGAAACCGCUUCCAAAUCUGUUUUAUUUUGCCUAGGCUACAUAUCACAAUACAACCUCACAUCUGGAUACGGCACAGGCUGAAACAGACAUAUCAUCUCUUACUCUGAUGCAUUGUUGCGUAAAGUAGAAAUGCAGUUAUAUUCCGACAACAUGAGUGCACAGAAGCAAAAACAUAGGCUAGAUGCAUAAAAUAAUUUAAAUCAGAAUAUCGUUUUUUACGGGGGGGACGCAGCACACAUAAAGGGAUUGCUUUCGAGUUUUAUACACUGGCGAAAUCAGAAGAUUUACAAGCUGUCCACCACUUUCUGAAAAGCGGUGUGUUGGUGUCUCGGGAGGACAGGGACCUGGAAACAAGCAGAUAGGGAGCAGAAGCUAUAGGAGCUACAGGGGCCACGGUGUCUAUCUGCUCUUCAGUUCCCCUGUGAGGCUGUCUUUGUGUCAGGGAUCAAGAGGUGAACACACACACAGACAAGGACUGUCUAACAGCAGGACUGCACCACUUUGCAGGGCACUGGAGGGACACUGGGCAGAAGGUUAGCAUCUGGCUGGCAGAGAGAGGGAAGAGAGUGAGUAAUGUGGUGGGCAGGCGACUGCAGUGCCGAGAUUACAGAUUAGGAGAUUAGGGAGAGCAGCAGGUCAGGGCACAUCAUCCUGACAAAGCCUGUACUUCCACCAACACUACACAGCAGAAUUCAAUUAAACCCUACAGCUACUGGCAGGCAGUGGCCCAGCCUCACAUACACAUACACUCACACACAAAUAGACAAAGAAUCUCCACUGCUGGACAGCUGCUGAGCUCCCCUUCCCUCUUGUCCUGUUUGAUGUUCAGUGUCAGAUGGGAUUUUUUUCUUCUGAUUGAUUAGUCUUUUUUCAAUCCAGUCACUCAUAGCCUCAGUUCCUUUCAGGGCAUUCAUUAGUAAGCCCUUUUAAGGUCCUCAUAUCUAAUUUUCUCAAGACUCUGUGGCAAUCCUCUUUGUCAUUACGGCCAGAAUGCUUUGAUUACUUUAGGAGGUUUUACAGUAUUGCUUUUUCUCUGGCUGAAGAGCACUGGAAUUCUGAUGGUCGCGCAGACUUUUUGAGUCUGCACUGCUAUGAAUAUUUGUGCCCAUAUUCUCCUGUCAAUCAGACUUGACAUGUCCAGAGAGCUCCUCCCCCAGACAGACAGACAGAACGUGGAUACAGAGCAUCUGGAGGGCUGGUAGAUGCUCAGUCUGCCACACAGAGAGACAGACACACCACUCACAGCCUCGAUGACAACUAGACUACAGGACACCUGGCCCUACGUUAUAGUGGAGGAGAACACAAGGUCCUGAGUAGCUCUGCUUUUUCUGCAAGUCUCAAAAACUCCAAAGUGGAUCUUCUGACAGAAAAAAUAAAGCUUGCGCGAGACAGGGGUAGAGAAGUGAGAAGAGAGGGGGAGAGGGGGAGACGUAUUAUUUGUUCAGGUUGACUAGAGACUCGAUGGAGCUUCUUUCAUGCCAGCCUGCCUGCAGUCGCUGCCGCCUUUUACCCUCCUUCUCCCAUCUAGCCCGCUAGAGCAUACUAAUCAGAAGACUGCUUCAGCACUUGACAGAGGACCUCCAAACACUAGGGCGGGCUACUCACAUGGACGGCUGAAAUGACACUAAUGACUCGCUACCUUACUCUUACCAUGGAUAUCACUAUAGGUGGAUAUGACUGCUAACACAGCGUGAUAAGCUCUGACAGUUUAUCAGACUCUAGCAGUGUACAAUUUGUGCAGAGUUCAUCAGAGUUUUGUAUGUGCAGACACUGCUGGAGCUCCCAUCGAGGCCUGGAGCAGUGCAGGGAGUGGAGAGCCGGGCUGGUGGGUGAUAGGUGUGAAGAGCGGCAGCUGCGUACGGAGAGCGGGGAGAAGCAACAGACACAGACUCUCUGACAAACUGUUUAGUGUGAGACACUGAGAGACUCACUGUGGAGCAGCGACUCUCCCUCUGUCUGUCGCGCUGGGAGAGUGUUCUCUCUGAGCCAGCGUGAGCCAGCCAGCACACUGAGUGGAGCUGAGGCCAGCAGGGUGGGGACGGUGGCAGGAAACAGCGCAUGGCAUUGGAGGGGCCGGGUGCCCUCCAUCACCCAGCACCGGGAGGGGCACUGGGGUUGGGGCUGGGUGUGGGGCAGCCCUGGAGGGGCGAGGGUCCAAAGGUCAGGGGAGCUGAGGCCCAUGUUGACAGGCGGGACCAGCGUGGAGCGGGGUGGUCGGACGGCAGGGGCCAGGGCCGGCGGAGGGGGCAUGCGGUGCUCAUUGAGGGUGUGGGUUCUGCUGGGCUCCCUGGGCCUCGUCUUUCUCACCUCCCUCUUCUUCUCCAUCUCUCUGAGGGGGGGCGUUGGCCUGCCCUACCUGGAGCCCCCCGGGUGGGAGAAGUCCAGCCGAGUAAAGCUAGUGCCCAACUACUCUCGUGUCCACCAGCUGGGCCCACUGGAGAGCACCCAGCAGCAGAAGACAUGUGCCUGUCCCCGCUGUGUGGGGGACCCUGGGGUGUCGGACUGGUUUGAUGAGAACUACGACCCGGACAUCUCCCCUGUGUGGACACGGGACAACAUCCAGCUGCCUUCAGACGUCUACUACUGGUGGGUGAUGCUGCAGCCUCAGUUCAAGCCCCACACUAUCCAGCAGGUGCUGCUGCGACUGUUCCAGGUGAUCCCUGGCCGCUCCCCCUAUGGCUCCUGGGACCCCGCCCGCUGCCUGCGCUGUGCCGUGGUGGGGAACUCUGGCAACAUGCGCGGGGCCGGUUACGGACCCACAAUAGACAGCCACAACUACAUCAUGAGGAUCAACCUGGCCCCCACGCUGGGCUAUGAGGAGGAUGCAGGCAGCCACACCACCCACCACUUCAUGUACCCAGAGAGUGCCAAGAACCUGGCAGCCAAUGUCAGCUUCGUCCUGGUGCCCUUCAAGACCCUGGACCUGCUGUGGAUCACCAGCGCACUCUCCACUGGACAGAUCCGCUUUACCUACGCCCCUGUGAAGCAGUUUCUACGGGUGGACAAGGACAAGGUUCAGAUCUUCAACCCAGCCUUCUUCAAGUACAUCCAUGACCGCUGGACCAGGCACCAUGGACGCUACCCUUCCACAGGCAUGCUAGUCCUGUUCUUCGCUCUGCACGUGUGUGACGAGGUGAAUGUGUUUGGCUUUGGCGCUGACAGUCGAGGCAACUGGCACCACUAUUGGGAGCAGAACCGCUACUCUGGAGAGUUCCGGAAAACAGGGGUGCAUGAUGCAGAUUAUGAGGCCCUGAUCAUUGACUCGCUGGUUAAGGCUGGCAAGAUCACCAUCUUCCCAGGAAAGUGACGAGGGCUGAAGGUGUGGUGGGCUGGACAGGUUUACAGGAACACUAGAACACCCAUCACCACAAGGCUUUUUGAUGUUGUCAUCUGCUUCUUUGUGCUUUGCAUAGAGAGGGAUCCAAAACAGUACAUUAUACAAUGUCUGCUAAUCAUGUUCCCAUUGUGCAGGAUGGUAAGAUGAUGGUGGUUUUGGGUCGAACUACAUGUGAUUACACUCUGCCCCCAACAGGCCUACUACCUCCAUAGAAACGACAGAACUAUGAAGGGGGCAGAUAAGUCUGGCCUAGCCACUGUAUGGACCUGUGAACCAGUCCCAUCCACGAUCCCCCCUCUUGCUCAGCCAUUGGGAGUUGAGUCAUCACACGCCUUGAGGGUCUCACGCCCAGAGACUCAGUCCCCUCCCACUCUGUCGCCCCCACCGUAAAUACCAUGACAACCAGUGAUGGUCACUGAGCUAUCCCUGCCAUGUCCACACUCACCUGCAGAGCUGCUGCUAAAGCCCUCUCGCUAGCCACACCUGCAUGGAGCUAGGAGUACUAGGUAAUUGAAGUUUACAUGCUUUCAAGCCCAGAGGCUACUUCAAAAUAAGAGUCCCUGUUGUAAUUACAUGACUAUCCUCUUGAAGGUAUGUACAGCCCACAGGGAUUUGACCACAUAUACGGUAUUAACCGUUUUAUUUGUGUUAACCAUUUUAAGUGACUAAUCAUACUGCUGAUUAGGUAAAUUGGGGAGAGGCUUACACACAGUCAACACAAGCAGACACAGACACAAACACAAGCUGACAUACAGAUAAGAAUUAAACCACUCACUCAUUCACACAUAUACUGUACAGUGCCCUGAGAAAGUAUUGCAGCCUGAAUUCAAUUUUUUUUUUUUUUUUUUUUUUAAAUAUCACCAAUCUACACACAAUAGCCCAUAAUGACAAGGUGAAAAUAUGUUUAGAUAUUUUUUCAAAUUAAUUGUAAAUGAAAUAUAGAAAUAUCUCAUUUGCAUAAGUAUUCACACCCCUGAGUCAAUACAUUUUAAAAUAACCUUUUGCAGGGAUUACAGCUGUGAGUCUUUCUGGGUAAGUCUCUAAGUUUUGCACAUCUGUAUUGUACAAUAUUUGCACAUGAAUAUUUGUUUAAUUCUUCAAGCCUUGUCAAGUUGCUUGUUGAUAAUAGCUAGACAACCAUUUUUAAGUCUUGCCAUAGAUUUUCAAGCCGAUUUAAGUCAAGACUGUAACUACGCCACUCCGGAACGUUCAAUGUCGUCUUGGUAAGAAACUCCAGUGUAUUUUUGGCCUUGUGUUUUAGGUUAUUUGAAAAUAUAUAUUUAACCAUUAUUUAAUUAGGCAAGUCAGUUAAGAUCAAAUUCCUACCCCGGACAACACUGGGUCAAUUGUGUUCCGCCCUAUGGGACUCCCAAUCACGGCCAGAUGUGAUACAGCCUGGAUCUGAACCAGGGACUCUAGCGACGCAUCUUGCACUGAGAUGCAGUGUCUUAGACCGCUGUGCCACUCAUGCAGCAGGUUAUUGUUCUGCUAAAAGGUGAAUUUGUCCCAGUGUCUUUUGGAAAGUAGACUGAACCAGUUUUUCCUAUAGGAUUUUGCAUGUGCUUAGCUCUAUUCCGUUUCUUUUCAUCCUAAAAUCUCCCUAGUCCUUGCUGAUGACAAGCAUACCUAUGACAUGAUGCAGCCACCACUAUGCUUGAAAAUAUGAAGAGUGGUGCUCAGUAAUGUGUUGUGUUGGAUUUGCUCGAAACAUAAUACUUUGUAUUCAGGACAAAAAGUGAAUUUCUUUGCCAAAUUCUUUUCAGUAUUACUUCAGUGCCUUGUUGUAAACAGGGUAAAUGAUUUGGAACAUUCUGUACAGGAUUCCUUCUUUUCACUCUGUCAUUUAAGUUCGUAUUGUAGAGUAACUACAAUGUUGUUGCUCCAUCCUCAGUUUUCUCCUGUCACAGCCAUUAAACUCUGUAACUAGCCUCAUGGUGAGAUCCCUGAGUGGUUUCCUUCCUCUCCGGAAACUGAGUUAGGAAGGACGCUUGUAUCUUUGUAGUGGCUAGGUGUAUUGAUACACCAUCCAAAGUAUAAUUAAUAAGUUCACCACAAAGGGAUAUUCAAUGCCUUUUUUUUCUUUCUUUUGUUUACCCAUCUACCAAUAGGUUUGCGAGGCAUUGGAAAACCUCCCUGGUCUUUAUGGUUUAAUCUUUUUUUAAAUUCACUCCUCAACUGAGGGACCUUACAGAUACUUGUAUGUGUGGGGUACAGAGAUGAGGUAGUAAUUCAAAAAUCAUGUUAAACACUAUUAUUGCACACAGAGUGAGUCCAUGCAACUUAGUGUAUUAUGUGACUUGUUAGGCACAUUUUAAGGCUUGCCAUAACAAAGGGGUUGUAUACUUAUUGACUCAAAACAUUUCAGCUUUAAAUGUUUGAUUAAUUUGUAAAAAUAUCAGAAAACAUCAUUCCACUUUUAUAUUUUGAGUUAUUUAUUGUGUUUAGGCCAGUGACAAAAAAUCAAAAUGUAAUACAUUUUCAAUUCAGCCUGUAACACAACAAACUCAAUGGGGUGUGAAUACUUUGUGAAGGUACAUACACACUCUCCCACACAGACACGGGUUCACACAAUGUUUUUGGUAAAUUCAAGCUAAUACCACUAAGAAUAAAAGAUAGCCUGCUGCCUCCUGCUGCCUGUUAAGGGAUACUGCAUCACUCUGAAGCCCAGACAUUACGCAUGCAUAGGACAAACUGAAGGCUGCCUCUUCUGUGUCAAAUGAUGACCACUUGAUAGCUGAGAGUAAUAUGGCUUAACAUAACUAAACCGACUGCUAGUAAAAAAUGCCAUUAUAUUUUCAGAUCAGAUCGCUAGUUACGAACAGAGUUUAGGAACUCUGACAACAUUGAUGAUAUCAUGUUGUUCUUAUCUGACACCAUGACAUUGAUCUGGGAAGGGCUCAGAUCAGUGUAACUGACUCCAUUACUAUGUCUAAUUUCUUUGUGGAAUUUUAGUUGGUUUCAAGUAAGUGUCUCUACCUGACACACACACCUACUUUAAGUAUGUUGUGCUGAGGGCUGGCACAAUUACCAUGUAACCUUGUAACGGACGGUUAUGGAUGUAGACCGUCAUGACUAAAAUAACCCUCAUAACCGUUUUUACAAAAAUUGUGUGUGCGUGUUUGGAAAGAACAGCUGACUGAAGAUGGGUCGGCCGGGUGACCGUGGUCAUUUGGCUGACCAAUAGCCGUCAUCCAAAAUUCCAUGACCAUCUCAGCCAUAGUUGUGCAUGCAUGUGUGUGAGAGAGAGAGAGAGCGAGUGCCUGUUAAAGAAAUGUGAUUAUCUUAGUUUUGUCGGUUUGAUUUUCAGGAAGAGCCCUCAUAACAAAGACACAUAUCAAUUAUUUACAGCCAUGUGACAACACACACGUCCAUGCUUGCGUGCCUUUUCCCAUUGUUGGACAUACAGUACCUUUUCUGUAGUGCACCAUAAACCUCAGCUACAGUACAGUGCUAUCUUAAGUUUUGGUAGUCAUGCACAUUCACACCUACUAUAAAUACCUGCAUGUACUAUUCAAAUCGUACUGUUUGUUAGUCAUGUCUCUUACACAUGCACAUUCUGAGGGAUUCAAAUGGCUUCUUUUCCCUGAUUUAGACCACACACCGUACAUUAUACACACCCCUGGUCUCGGCCUGGCUGAGAGCUGUGCCUUCUGGACCCACACACAUACGUUUCACUCUGCCUUUCUCUAGGAGCCACGUAGAAAGGCUUCCUUUAUGUUACUUUUUACACAGAACACAUUACCUUGACAUGAACUCUAUCUGACGACUAGUUUUGGGUGAUAUGACGAUAGCUGAAUUAAUUUGCUGUGCUCAAUUUGUGUUUUGCCAUUGUCGGUGAGCUAACGUGUUCCAAGAUGACAGCCAAUGGCAAUGUAUCUAGCUCUUAAAACACAUCUCCACCAUGUUUUACAUGGAAAGUUUCGAAAUAUUUCCACCACUUUUCUGGGUGGUGCUGUCCAUGCCAGAAAUAGAAUGUGCAAUACUUCACCAAAGAGAAUCAAACAUAAUUGACAUUGUUCUAAUGACUUCUAUACCUUUAAUUCCAUUACUCCCUAUCACUUUUGUAACAUCAUAAAUGUUUAUCCAACAGUAUUUAAGGCCCAUAUGUAAUGUAUCAAUAAAGCUAGCCCACUGAAGCUUAACGCCACGUCCUAGCUCAACUUGCAUCAUUUUGUUUUCACAUAGUAAGGACACAGCAUUUCCCCUAUUAUGUUGUUCAAUUGCAGUGUACCUUCUGGGAAAUUGACUGUGUGAAAGGUGAGAUCCCUUUCCACUCUGCUGUUCCUGAGGGUAUUGUUGGAUAAUGGAUAGUUUUUUAAAAUGUAUUUGGGUUUAUUGGUUCUGGUUUGUAGCGUUACCUAAAUGGUUACUAAUGAUACAUACUGUAUCCAUUCUGUUGCAUUGUUUUGGUGGUCUGCAUCUCCAGCUCUUCAUUAGAGUUCUCUUGUGCACAACAACAGUAUUCACCGACAACAGUGUUUUAUAGUGUUACUAUCAUAUUACUACUAUUACCAAUAGUAUCCUCAUUAGUAUUAUGACUAUCAUUGGGUCAGUCAGUACUCCAUCUCUAUUUUAAAACUUGAUCUAUAUGAUGGACUGUUUUUAUCAUAUGCUAUUGUAAAAUAAAAGCAAAAUGAAACAAA